CCCCCCCCCCCCUCUAAUGGCGGUCACUGUCACGUACUGCAACGAGGUCGCCUAUGGUCACUGGGUUUACACCGUUGACUUCUUUGGAAUCUACAUCACCACCACAGUCACCUCCGACCCCGGCGCCAUGCACCGGUGGAUAUACUCCGCCACCAGGCCCCUCCGCAACACGGACCACCCCAUCAUCGGCCUCGGCGUCCAGUGGUACAACUCCGAACACAGCGACUGCGCCGCCACGUUCCAGCUAUGCGUCGGCCGGCGCUGUCUCAUCGUGCAACUCACCCACGCCACAGAGGUUCCCGCCGUCCUCCGCAACUUCCUCCUGAACCCUGCCUACACCUUCGUCGGCGUCUGGAACCACUCCGACGCGUGGAGGCUGAAGGACUGCAGGCACCAGCUGAGGAUGGCGCGGCGGCCCGUCGACCUGAGGCUCUGUUUGCCGGGGAUGAAGGCCGCGUCUUUCGAGACGAUUGUGCGGGAGUGGUUGGGGUAUCACGGAGUGAGGCUGGAGAGACAGAUCAGCGUGAGUGACUGGGAGGCGGCGGAGCUGCACGACGAUCGGGUGAAGCAAGCCACUUUCGACGCGUUCCUCUCGCUGCGCAUCGGGAUGAUGAUCGAAGCAUGGAACUACGUAACAGAUGGAGGAGGAAGCACUGAGGAGGGAUAUUGCUUUCUUUGGAGUUCUGCGAACUGACUAGCGGCAAGUGGAGUUAGUUUCUUUCAGGUUUUUGUUGAUUCUUCUGGAUACAUUGAAUUUGACUGGCUGGAUUCAUGGGCUCAUAUGGCUUGAUGAGCCGCGUGUAGAUCGAAUCACCCGAUCAAUUUCUUACCUAGCUCGUAUACUUGCGGAUUUCUUGAUACUUUUGUGAUUGUUGUGACUAAGCAAUCUAUUAGUCUCAUUGUUUU